ACAUCAACAAACUUUGGAAGCUCCUUCGUUUGUGGACAGGAGUCCGAUUUUGUUAUUAAAUUUCUGUGCUGCCUGGCCAAAAACCCGCAAUCGCUGCUGCUGCCGUCGCCGAUGAUGCCAGGAAGAUUAGGCCCAAUGCCGCAGGACAACCCGCUGUGGAUCUCCUGGCACGACUCCAACUGGAUCCCGAUUCUGAACCCGGCCAACGUGAUGGAGUACUUUUCGGAAAAGUCGAACCCGUUCUACGACCGUACCUGCAACAACGAGAUCGUCCGGAUGCAGCGCCAAACGCUGGACUUGCUCAAUAACAUGACCGGCGUCGAGUACAUCCUGCUGCACGUGCAAGAUCCGAUUCUGUACGUAAUCCGCAAGCAGCACCGGCACACGCCGACGGAAGCGACUCCGCUGGCGGACUACUACAUCAUCGCGGGAACCGUCUAUCAGGCGCCGGAUCUGGCCAGCGUGUUCAACUCGCGGAUGUUGUCCACCGUGCACCAUCUGCAGAGUGCGUUCGAAGAGUCCAGCUCGUUCGCAAGGUAUCACCCCAGCAAGGGUUAUUCGUGGGACUUUUCCUCCAACAAAGCGAUCGCCGAAAACAACAAAACCGACAAGGGCAAGGAGGUGGCCGCCAAGGAGGAACCGAGUUCGCUGUUCCAGCGGCAACGGGUGGACAUGUUGCUGGGCGAUCUGCUGCGAAAGUUUCCGCUGCCGAUUCCGCAGGCCUACCAGCAUGGAUCCGGGCAGCAGCAGAAUCAGAACGGUUCGUCGGCUGCCAACAACAACAGCGGUGGUGAAGGUGGCGACCAUGGAUCGGAGGUGGCCAGCAUUAAGCAGGAGCCCGGCGAGCACGGAUCGAACGAUAUGGGCGGAAGUUUGCUCAUGCAAGGUGUUAAGGAGGAGGCCGGAAGCGAUAUGAAACCGCCACCGGAGAAGAAGAUGAAAAUGUAAUUUUAUCAAUAAAGAUAUUGUACGCAAAUGAAAUUACAUCCGACCAAAUUA